AUGCCAUCUAACAACGUGUCAAUGGUGUUGAAUACUGAGUCAUGGUUCGUUCCUAUUGAUAUCAUUACGCUUUUUUCUAUCGGCAUUGCUAUUAUACUAGGAACCAUAUAUUUACUCAUUAUAAUAUUUGAUCGAACAUGUCAUAAUGUUCUUAUGUUGCUAGUUGCUAAUUCAUGUCUAACUGAGAUAGUUUUUGGAUGCGUUAUGUUAAGUUUGACUGCGUUUACGCUCGAAAAUGAUCUUAAUCAAGUACAAUAUUAUGAUUCAUAUUGUGUUUUUCGUGGUUAUAUGGCUUAUGUUGUGACAUUUUUACAAAACUAUUCUUAUCUACUUCAAGCUGCCUAUCGAUAUCUAGUUGUCGUAUAUCCGACUCGUUUUAUUUGGCAAUCACUAAAAUUUCAAUUAACUCUAAUUUGUAUCAUGUGGAUUGUUGGUUUUGUUUGCCCUAUUCCAUUUAUCACUGCAAAUCGAAUUAUUUAUAAUAGUGACAAUCAAAUAUGUCAAAUGCCAUUCGAAUUUUCCGUCUUUAUGGUUUAUAAUGCCUUAUGUGUGUAUACUAUACCAAUAUCUCUGCUCGCACUAGUCUAUUUCAAAUUAGUUCAAUAUGUUCGACAACUCAGUAGAAACAUAACAACAGCUAAUACAUUGGUGCGUGCACAGCGAGAAUUAAGAAUGAUCUAUCGCUUGAUUAUUCUUGUAAGUGGUAUCAUUACUAUUGGUUUUCCUUAUACUUUACUUGUUUUUAUUUCGUUUUUCACUAAUCCACCGAAAUACCAUUAUAGAAUUGCUUAUAUAUUCGUUAACGUUACUCUGUCAUUCGUAAUGCUGGCUAUUUUAUCUUUCACAGAGCCACUUAAAAUAUCCAUGAAGAAGCGACUAAAGUUAAAUAACAAUAUUACGCUUCCAAUACAUGCAUAA